AUGGCGGCAACGGUUAAUGGCUGGUUAUCAAACAAUCUUUCUAUGAUGUAUAGACAAGCAUCGUGUCUUAAUUUUUGUCCUUUGAUCAGUUUUCUACAAGCACGAAAUUAUGCUGCCAGGAAGGGUACGAGAGAAAAAGCGAGAAAGAAAAAAGUCAAAAAGAUCGUUGAAAAAGUGGGCUUCAUCCCGCACAAUCAGAGAAAGAUGAAAACUGGAAAUAAACAGAAGAAACUCGAGCUAAAGAAUAUUUCACCAGACGAUAGCACAAGGCCUGAACCAAUAGAUAAUGUAUAUGUUUCAAAUUUUCAUAAAUGGAAAAUAUAUCCAUUUGAAGAAGCAGUGCAAAAUCAUCGUGAAACACAUCAUCCUACUAUAUAUAAUUUGCCAAAUGAACCUAUAAAAGCGUUUAUAGAAUUGAAUAUGCAGGGUGUGAAAAAGACAAAAUUUGUUGAUGCUUUUUCACGAAUUGUAUGUCUACCACAUGUAUUCGAUCAUGGUCAAACCAGAAAACUACUAGUAUUCUGUAAGAGUCCUGAAAUGGAAGAUAUUGCAAGAAAUGCUGGAGCUCAUUAUGUUGGCGGUAAACAAUUAGUAAAACAGAUUCAUAGCGGACAAUUCUCAAUGAAAGAAUAUGAUAUUAUUUUGUCCGAACCAACCAUUUUACCUGAUUUAUUAUUAAUUAGGGGACUUAUGAGGAAGAAGUUUCCCAGCGCUAAAUCAGGUACUUUACACACUGACAUAGAAAUGAUGGUAACAAAGUUUCUAACUGGUAUGAAAUAUAUGGGAAAACCACAUGAAACUUUUAAGUCUUUUGGAACUGUUGAUGUUACAUUUGGGACGCUUGAUAUGGAUGUAAAACAGUUGGAGGAGAAUUUUGCUACAAUUAUUAAGGAUGUCAAUGAAAUGAGGCCACGUCGACCAGGACUUUUCAUUACAAGAACUCUAAUUACAUGUUCGCCAUCGCCAGAAAGGUUUAAAAUUGACUUUGAACAGUAUCUACCUAAAAAUAAAGCAUCCGAAGCAGAAGCGGAAGCAGAAGCAGAAGCAGAAGCAGAAGGAAAGCAAGACGCUGUUAUCGCGUCUCAUUAAGUUUGUUCAUAGAACUAUCAAUAAAAUAAUAUAUGUAGUUAUAGAUA